AUGGAGCCCCGUGUAAGAAACUCGUCACUAGCUCCUGGGGAACUACUCUUUGAGCCAGAUCCUCAAGUCGUCUUCUUCGUCGAUUUCGAGCUGUUCAAAACUUACGAAUGCGUCUUGAGACUGCGGAAUCGAGACUCGUUUGCCCGACGAGUUCAAGUUUUGCAGCCAGACACACGCGCGUUUGUAAUUCUUCCAGGCAAAGGUGGAAUUGGUCCGGCCUCUCCGAAGAUGCCUUUCUGGAUCGGUUUCCGUGUCGGAUGUCUAUUUCAGGUUGCACCAGGCAUGACUACAUGCUUCACAGUUCAGUUCACCCCAGAUGCUCGUGAAGAUUAUAUUUCCGAGCUCGUUGUCGUUACAGAACGAGAGAAGUUUAUUGUGCCUCUUCGCGCAAUCUGCGGCAUCGGAUUCUUAGACUUACCACCGAGUGUCGCUUUCAACCCAACUCCGGUGAAAGUGAAGGGAGAAAAAACAAUCCUACUUCGAAACACCGGGACCAAGGCCAUGGUGUUCACAAUCCACACAACACCCCCCUUUUCAGCGGUUUCGACUCGCUGCUUCCUAGAUGUCGGCGAUUCUACACAGGUGACAUUCUCCUUCGAGCCUGCCCGAGUCAGCACUUACUCUUCCGUUGCGCUGUUGCGCACGACCGAGGGUCUGGAGUUCUCCACAGACCUCAUAGGCAAGGGGGUAAAUGCAGACGUGAAGCUGUCUGCUGCGUUUCUGAAAAUGGAAAACACCUCCGUCGCUUUGAUUCACGAGAAGACUGUGCAUCUCCACAACAACUCCGACCACCACCUCGAUUUCUGCUGGAGCCUUCUGACCGACGAUUCCAGGACCGAAUUCGACCAGACAUCGGACGCCGUGACACCCAGGAAAAACGGAUCCUGUGAAGACGAAACUCUUCUGGUACCGACAAGCACCCAACCCGGAGACUGGCAAGAAGACCCCGUUUUCCAAAUUUUCCCUUCAGAGGGACGAGUAUGGGCCAACACGUCGCUCGUGUUCAAAGUCGUUUUUCGGCCUGCCCUCGCCCUGCGCUACAGGCGAAUUGCCACAUGCGCCAUUGCGGGAAGAGAAGCACCUCUUUCGCUUGAACUAGAAGGUACUGGCACAGGACCGAAGGCGCAGUUCCUCGAAACCGACGUCGAUUUGGGUCCGAUUGUAGUCCAUACUGAAACAACAAUGGAAAACGAAUUGAUGAACCAAGGCGACAUAGGCGCAACGUUUUCUCUUCGGAAAUCGACGUCUCUAGCCCAGAGCAUGUUCUCAUUUACCCCAGAAGGAGGCCACCUGGCUGUGGGGGAGACAGUCAAAAUCAAAACUCGUUUCCAUGCGCGAGCUCUCGGCACCUUUGAGGAAACAUUCCACUGGUGGAUCAACGACCUUCCACAACCUUUACAAACAACGUUUAGGGGAGAAGUCUUGCCUCCAGUCCUGAAGCUCGACCCAUCUUCGAUUGACUUUGGGAGGCUCGCUCUUGGCUUUUCUGAGACUCGCCGCGUGACUCUAAAAAAUGCAUCAUCUGCCCCUCAGCCGUUCCGGCUUCGCCUAGAAGCUGCACAACAGGAAUCUGAGACAGGAACACAGGAGAACGAAGUCGAGAAGACUGAAGCCAAACAGGAAUUCGGUAUUCAUCCAGUGGAAGGAAUCCUGGAAGCGAGAGGGACGCAAGAGGUGGCUCUGGUGCUCACCCCAGCCAAGGCGCAGGCGUACAACACUCACUUGAUUGUCGACUUAGGCUCGUUGGCCCCGCAGUUGCUUUCCGUGCCUGUGAAGGCGACGUGUGAGCUGCCGACACUGACGUUCGAGUCCGACGACAUUCUCCACUUCGGCGACGUUUUUGUGGGACAUGCUUACUCUCAAAAAAUCUUCAUUCGCAAUCCUUCAGCCCUACCAGCGAGGUACGAAGUCUCUGUUCAGGAGAUCGAGGCAGGCCAGGUGACUCUCCAUGUGGAAGAGGGAGCAGGUGCCAUAGAAGGCCUGGAAAGGCGGAGUGUUUCUGUUCACCUCUGCGCAAAGACGACAGGCUCCGUUGCAGCCUCCUUGAGUUUGUCAGUUGUUGGGGGCAAAGAACCCACCUCGCUGAGGCUGCGGGCGACAUCGUGCGGGCCUCGCGUGCGAGCAGAACCGAAGGAGCUGGACUGGGGAAAAGUGCCGUGCCUGGAAGAAGCCCCUCGAUGUGUAAAGGUGACGAACACUUGCCCAAUUCCCGCAGAGGUCACUUGCGCCCUGAGGGGAAAAGAAGGCUGCUUUCGUCUGAACCGCCACCUCCUCACAUUAGCUCCUGGUGCCAGCGAAAUACUGGAGGUCACCGCGGCCUUUCAAGAGCCUGUGCAACAACAGGAGCUCCUUGUUCUCUCUGUUGCCGACGGAGCUGAGAUUCCCGUCACGCUUCGGGGCCUGGGCACACAGACACCCGUGGUUUUUUCCCGCGACCUCACUCUCGUUGACUUUGGAAUGUUUUACACGGGGCAACUGAAGAGCUUCAAGUUCACGGCGGCAAACCGGGGACGACGAGCUCGAAAGCUUUCGUGGGUCGACGCAUGCAGAGCAGAGAAGCAACUUCAUCUGACGGAAAACGCCUUUACAGUGGUGCCGGAGACUGUCGUGCUGGAGCCAAACGCCUCGGCGGCUUUCGAGUAUAAGGCGCUGAGUCAGGCUCCAGGCCAUCUCGUGCAUGCAUUUGUGUGUACGGAGCUCUCGGGCAUCGGAGCCAAGUCGGUUCCAAUUCUGAAAAGCACAGCGAAAGCAGAUGUUUAUCUGCCGUCUCUCUCCUUCUCAUCCAACACCGUUUCCUUCCGAUAUAUUUGGAGGGAAGGCGACUCGGGAGACCACCUGACCCAGGACAUUCUGUGCACAAAUGAAACGCCACUGCCGGCUAUAUGCUCGUUCAAAGCAGCUCCACCCUUCUCCGUUUCGCCGAGCAAACUGAACAUGAAGGAGAAAGGCACAGGCACUCUGACAGUAACUUUCGACCCCGCUUUCAACGGAAGAGUCUGCUCAAAAAUAAAAGAGAAGCUGGAAGCGACAUACGAUGGUCAUGCAAAGACAGAAAGUGUAGAGCUGCGAGCAGAAGUUGUCUAUCCUGCGGUGGAAAUCGACACGAAGGAAGUGGACUUCGGUUGCAUUUUCAACGAGACAAGUCGACGCCUCGCCAUCACUCUGAGAAACCCAACAGAAUUGCCAGUUGUCUAUCACUGGUACCUGACCCCUCACUACGACUUCCGCUAUGUGUCCGGCGACAACGACGUACCCCUCGCGCUCGUGAACACAGCCGCCCCCCCUCCCAUCAAUAAAGUUUUUGAUUUUCUCCCUUUCACGGGAUCCAUCGAACCUGGAGAGUCAGAGACAAUCUGCGCCACUUUCUUUGGGGUUCCAGACGUCCGCGUAACCGCCACAGCGCUCUGUGUGAUUGAGAACGGUCCCGAGUUUUCUCUCAGUCUUAAAGGGCAAGCCUCCCUCCCGACCUUCCGGUUGAGCCAGACUGAAUUCGACUUUGGAGAAGUUCCGUACAACCGCGCAGCUGAGAGCGAACUGACGAUUCACAACACAGGCCUCGUUGAUGUCCAGUUCUUCGUCGACCUCUCAAAGCUCGACUUCCCCUGGCUCGUGGACGUGAGCAAACGAGCUGGGAAGAUACCCUCGAGGGACAAACAGAAACUCACAAUUCGAUUCCGACCAGGCAUGCCUAUGGAGUUUCGCCAGAAGCUCUACCUGGAGAUUGGACCCUUCGAGCCGGUGCCGCUCUUCAUUCGCGGCAUCGGGAUCUUCGCGAGUCUCUCCCUCAAUCUGCCGAGAAGGGAUGAGUCAAACCACCAGAGAAAAAAAACAGAGAUGCUCCAGAGACUCUCCACAGCAGAGCGCGCGGUGAGGGGGGAAGGAGAAGAAAUGAGACUCGCACGUCUCCGGCGGCCUGAGUUGUCACUGGAGGAACAAGCCGAAAGGGAAGUCGAUCGUCUGGAGAUCUGCCAGUACUUACAUGCACAGUAUCUCUCGUCGACCGGAGAGGCCUGGGGGACAAAGGCGAAAGCAGUGCUCGAGGGAGUUCGAGUGACGGCGGGGCAGUACGUCUGCGACUUUGGAAACAUCGUCGUGGGCCAGAGCAGAAAAAAGACGAUUCGAAUCGCCAACCUGUCGUCCGCGCCCAUUUCGCUGCGAACCAACCAACGCACUGUGGCAACUCUCGGCUUUGCUGUCGAACCGGGAUCCAUUCUUCGCCUCGGACCGGGAGAAGAAACCACUCUGAGCGUCUCGACUGCGUGCGACAAGGAAGGCGCCGCUGCUGGAACUCUUCAACUUCAAACCGCUGAGGGACCCGUCUACUCAAUCCACUUGCAGGCCUCCUUUGUCAUUCCGGACUUGACUAUUUCCACGGACAAAGUGGACUUUGGAACAGUCAAAAGAGGUCAAAGGAAGACCAUUUACGUCCGAUUUAGAAACGCCGUCGCUGUUCCUGUCGACUGGCGACUGCGCGACAGAAUUGACAAACACAAGCCGCAAGCGAGUGUGCAGGCCUUUGGCGUAGAGCCUACACAGGGGACUCUGAAUCCAGGCGAGUUCGUUGAUGUGAAGCUUUACUACUACGCCGAGUCGAGCGAGAAGGAAACGACGACGAAGUUGUUUUUCCAAGUGGAAGACAAUCCUCGAUGGAAGAGCAUAUCAUUGCGCGGCCGCACACAAGUGACGCAGCUGUCUGUCUCUCCGUCUGGCCUCUUGGAGUUCCAAUGUUGCCUUCCUCACCAGCCUGUGAAGAGAGAAAUCUCCAUAGUGAAUCUCAGCGGAUCUCCUUGCGAGGUAUGCGCCGUCGACUUUGACGAACAGCACAAACUCUUUGAGUAUGUGUUGAGAGAUUAUCCCGACUUUGACGACAAAGGCUUCGCCUUCCUCCCAGUCAGGAAGCCGGGGAAGCCGUUCUGGAGGCGAGUACUGAGGAGAGCCUUGCAGUGUGUGCGCCAGGAUUCGUCAGACCAGCAACUGCAGUUGGUGGCGACGGAGAUUGGAGGGGACGCCGCAGGAGACGCUUCAGCCCAGGGCGUCCCCGGGCAAGUUGCGGAGGUUGCAACAACUGAAAAAGGUUUUGCGUUUGCGACAACUGCGCAGGAAGUCGCUCAUGCAUCCACCAGUGGUGCCGCACCGACUGUGAAGGAAUCGCAGAGCAGACACGGUGAGGAAUCGACUCAUGCAACUCCCUGCAGCCGGUGGCCUGGCGCAGCGCUCCCAACGCUCCAGCGGCUGCCGACGGAAGCGACACUCUGCGAGUGUAUCGAGCCAGAAAACGUGGAAUGGAGUGAAAGCGAGUCUGAGCCGGAGGCCACAGACGUUCCGUUUCGCGUUCCCACCGAGAAACGAGUGAAUGCACUCGUCGUCGGCCCCGCAUGUGUGGGGAAAACCUCAGUCGCUCAUUUCCUAGCCAAGGAAAGCCGGAGGAAACUUUUGACAAUCGACGACUGCCUGGACUGGGUCGUGGCGGCAGAGAGGCAGAAGCAGCGAAGACUGAAGGACGACGAGGCAUUUUCCUCUCUUGCGACAAGCGUUCGAAAGGCUCUUGCGGCAAAUCGAGAAGCUGAGAAUGAGCAGCCACGAAGAGGCAACAGGGGAAAGAAAACCGAGGCGAGAACGCAUCCGUCGGAGCCGCGAGCCUCCCUUUCUCCUGAGCUUCUGGCUGCAUGCGUCCGCUACAGAACAGCCAUGCCCGACUGCUUCGCCGGAUCUGUCUUUGACGGAUGCAGCUCCGCGCUUGUCAACGUAGAGCCGCCGGUGAUCGCUCACUGUGUUGCCGAGGCCUUGGCGCAGGAGCAGCUGGUGUUGAUUUCCAUCAAAUUUGGUGACCCUCAGACAGAUGUCGAGCGUCGCGCUUCGUCGCCGGCUUUGAGCGACGAAGCGAUUGCAUGUGGGGUCCAGUUCUACAAGCAUUUGUCGGCUGUUCUUCAAGAGCAAGAAAAGCGCUUCCAGGAUCAAUUGGAGACCCAAGCCUCAGAGGGGCAGGGGCGCGGCGAGACUGGGCGUCGCGGGCGUCUCGGCCAAACGACUUCUGAUGGCGGGUGCGCGUCGUCCGAGACGCCUGGCGCGUCUUCGACCUCUGUGGACGAUGCAGGUUCUGGCCUGUCUGCUCUGCAUGGACGCGGAAGGGAGGGCGCUGUUUCGCGGGAUGUUUCGGCGAAUGAAAGAGACGUCGAAGAUCUGAAGGGAGUGCUCGCCGGGGUACAGGCGCUGCGGCAGAAACUUGAAGCUGUCGUCUCAGGGAAGACUGCACAUCUGUACGUUGCGGAGCAAAUCGCCUUUGCAGACAAGAUUGAGAACGCUCUUUUCUCUCCGGAGCGAUUUGAGUCUCACUUCGUCCUGGUGGAAGAGGCGUCUCGUGCUUCGGAUGUCGGUGAUGAACUCGAAGUUAAAGAAGCCUCGCAGCUCUCGAGUUGUCGCCUCCCACCGUCUUCGGUGCUUGCACAGGAGGCGACAGAUGGAACCCAAAACAGUUCACCAGUCGACAAACAGUCCUCGCGUUCUCGUCCGACCCCAAACGCCACCUCGUCGUCUUCUUCUUGUUCUUCGUUUCCCUCUUCAUCAUCUUCGUCGUCGUCAUCUCACUCCACUUCUGCCGCCUCCUCGUCUUCCGCUUCUGCUUCAUCUUCUUCCUCUUCUACUUCCUCUUCUUCAUCAUCUUCCGCUUUGGCUUCGUCGGAGCCAGGUCGAGCGAAGCGUCAGGGUGCAAGGAAGGAUCGAACGUCGCCGCGGUCGUCUGGAGCUGUUCCCUCGCAUGGGGAGAAAGGCAGGACGAGUCUUUCGAUGUCCACUCGUCUCGCCUCUCUUUCCUCUGUUUCCACUGCCGUCGUUCCGACUGCUUCACCUCGUCGUGUUCCUACGCUCUUCAGGCUGAUGGCCAGCGCCGCGAAGUCUCUGGCUGAGAUGAGAGAAGCUGCAGGGCGGCAGUUGCCUGCUCCCGAGAUUCCGUCGGAGCCGCCGAUUCCUUCUCCAGAACUCCACGAAAUCGCGCGGAGGCCUCCUGUGGCGUCUGCAUCUCCACAGAGUGGCGCCCAGACGCAGAAGCACCCGCCGCCUGUGAACUUCUCGCUUUUCAUCCCGAUCGUGCCUGGCCCUGAAGAAGGCGGCGUUCCCGGACAGGCGGUUGAUGUCUCUCCAGAGGUCGGCGACUCGAAAGGCUCGAAAGGCCUGGCGAGAAAGACGAAGGACUCCCCAGCGCCCAGAAGCCGAGUCAGAGCAGACAAACGAGAAGAGGCGUCGUCUGCCGUCGCGAAGAGUUUGGAAAGCGAACCAGCCCACAUGCGCGCGACGCGUUGGGUCCUCGGUCCCCAUGAAGAGCAGAGGGUGCUGGUCAAGUUCUGCGUCGACCAGACUGGGGUGUACGAAACGGGGCUCGCCUUCAGCGUCGUCGGCGACUCGCAGUCGCUCUUGCGCGUAGGUGUGCGCGCCACAUGCAGUGUGCCGAAACUCUCCAUGAGUCCGAAGCAGCUCUUUCGGCAGGUUCUCCGGGCAAGACCCUCGGAACGCGAAGGUCUGGUCUGCAAGCAGUUCAUCGUCGACGAGGGUGUGUAUGACUUUGGCCCGCUUCUCCUCGGGCGGCCCUCUGCCCCGGCGAAAGGUCUUUACUCAAAACUCGGUGACGGCGACAGCGUCGAUGCUGUGAAGCUUCCUGAAGACCUACAGAAAUACCAAGAAUCCAUCACUCUAUGCAACAUUUCACCGUUCGACACGACCGUCCGCUGUACGCUUCAGAGUGCGAGCCCUGCGCCUGAUUCUGGGGACCACACGGGACGGAAGAAAGGAGCGAGCAAGGGGGCGCUUAUCCGAGAAAAUCCGUUCUUUGUUUAUCCCUCGGAGGUCUCCCUCGAAGGCAACAGUUGCAGCACAGUUCACCUGUGGUGCUUUCCGAAAACGGAGGGCGACGUGAGAGACACCCUCGUUCUCUGGGUCAGGGACAAUCCGACGCCUGCAGAAAUUCCACUUGUGGCUCGCGGGGCGCUUCCGAAGGUCACCGUAGACGCUGACUACCUACAGUUUGGCAGGGUCCUCUUCGGGCAUUCUGUGAGCAGAGCCCUCAGCUUGAAGAAUGCGUCGCCGUUGCCGGCACGGUGGUCGCUGCUGAAUGUCGACGCCCUUCAGAAGCUUUUCAAAGUCGGCCCCGACACCGAGGGCACACUCGAGGCUUUCGAAGAGCUUCAGCUGCUCUUCACGUUUUCGCCGACGCAGAAAGCCGCCAGUCUCCAAACGCGAGUUUCGAUCCGAAUCACAGACGUCGACGGAACGGGGCAGGCGCAAGAAACGAAAACCAUAUCAGUGGAUGCAGACGCGUACUGGAUCGACGUAGCAACGGACUUUGGCGGCAAAGGCAAGACAAUCGACAUCGGAAAUGUCCGCGUAGGAGAGACUGCGGAGUUGCCGCUCAGCAUCACGAACAAAGGCAAGUUCCCAGUCAAAUUUGCUUUCAGGGUGAAAUCGAAGGUCCUCAGAAGCAUUCUGACUUUCCAUGGACCCACUGCGGACUUGGCGCCAGGCGAGCACCGGCGCAUGUCUCUGCGAUGCUCGCCGCAGAGAGAAAUGGACUUCUGCGAAGCGGAAGAAGUCUUCCUCGACCUCCAGGAUGCCGAGAGUGGGGCCGUUCUGAAUCCGGCUCUGCCGCCGUUCCCUCUCUCCCUGCAUGCAGAUUUCAACUAUGUCUCUCUCCUCCCAGCUCGGGGCAUCAACUUCGGUCCCACCGAGAGCGGGAAGACGCACUCGCUGCAAUUUGAAGUUCUCAACGACGGUCGAUUUCCCUUUGAGUGGCUGCUGCAAGACGCAGACCAGCUGUCGCGGCUUUGCUCGGCAACCGUCGAGAAUGCGGGGAAGGCUCUGACGGAGGCCGAGUCGCCGGUCCCCGCGCUCGGACCGUCGCCAAAGGAGACGCGCGCCAGAGCCGGCGAUCGCAGCGGUGCCGCUGCGGGAGGCGCCUCCAAAGCUGGGGCGCCUGGGAAGUCGAGCAAAUCGCCAGGAACUCGACAAAUGAGUUCCUUUGCCCAGUGGGGGCCUUUCCGCCUCUCCCCCGUCAAAGGCCAGCUCGAACCGGGAGGCAAAGUGACAGUUGACGUCCAGUACAGCGCUCAGGGCGACGCUAACCACUCUCUCAAACUUGCUUUGCUGGUUCAAGGAGUGAAAGUCGAAAGGGGAGAAGAAGUCGUCAUAAGCAACGUCGGGUGUCUCGGCGCUCUCACAGCCGAGGGAGGCGAAGGGACAGGAGACGCGAAAGGCGAGAAAGCAUUACGCGAGGUUCUCUCUGGGUGCAGUGGGCCUCUCAUCCCUGCAGCUGAAUAUAUUAUUCAAGCUCAAAGUUGCGUUCCAGCUAUCGUAACCGACCCUGAAUGGGUAUUUGAGGAACAGUUUCUUGUCUCGAACGCUGAAGAAGCAGCAGUCUGGAACGGCCUGAGAACCACCCCCAUGUACCUUCUGGAGGAAAAGUGUCUCCUCUUCGGGUCGGUCACUCCCAACUCGGACGUGAACAAGGCAGGGAUUCAGGCGCAGAUUCGAAUUGGAAAUCCAAAGUCCGUCCCUGCAGCUGUCUCUCUCGAAAUCAAGCUUUCCAAAGACACGGACAAAAGCCUGCUGUCUCACAUUCUCUCCUCUCUCCUCACGCUCGCCUCUUCUGUCUCCUUCUCCCCCCUGGUCUCGCAGACCACCGACUCCGAGUCCGUCUUCGAGGUGCAGCCGAAGCACUUGUCACUCGGCCCUCACGAGACGAAAACGGCCACCCUCACUUUUCACCCGUCUGCACUUCAGCGCUACGCCGCCGCGUUUCGUGCGUUUGUAAAUCGCUCUGCAGCAGAUGGCGGGAACGCCGCUCUCGCCUUCGACGUCAGGGGAGAAGGAACACUCCCCACAGUCUCUCUCGAGGUUGCGCCGUCCGACGCUGCAGGCUCAGCGCAUGCCAGUGGCGAGAAGAGCUUCUUCCCGUCUAUUGCCAUGGGCAAAGUCGCUGUGGGGACCACCGCCACGGCGGUUUGUCUGUUGAAAAACUACGGAACCAUUGCGGCGACAGCGAGAUGUGAGUGGCCCGCCGCCGAUGGAAUCACUGUCGAGCUGCCCCCUGCCGUAACUCUAAAUCCCGGGGACUCCAAGACCUUUGCAGUUCACCUCGUUGCUCAAGCCCCAGGAGAGAUCGACUCCAGUUUCCGUAUUUACACGGUCUCUAAUCCGUACGAGGAUGUGACUUGUCGGGUGCGGGGAACGUGCUAUUUGGAGGAGUGUCGCUGGUCGACCUCGCCGUCUAGGUCGUCGGGCCUCACGCCGCCCACCUGCCUCCAAGGCUCUCCUGGCCCACUGAACGCAACCAGUGGCGUCCGCGGCUCACCCUCAGCUGCCGCCGGAACGGGUGUGUCUCUGGGCGAGAGGACAGCUGUCUCCUUCGACGCGGCGCUGUCCCCUCGGCUACCCGAAAGACAAGGCGACCAGCCGGCGUCUACCGUGGACUUCGGCGAUGUAGCCCCUGACGACCGAGUAAGCAGAACGCUGUUCUUCGAGAAUACGACGGACAGCUUCAUGAAGUUCGAAGUUGUCUCGCCGCUGCCUCCAGAUCUCAGAAAGGUGCUUCAGAUCUCGCCCAUCGCAGGCUUCUUGGCGCCUCGAGGCGCCCAGGAAGUCACACUCGUCUUCACCUCCAAGGAGCCGGUAGCUGUCUCCGCUGUGUGUGUGCCCUGUCGGGCCUGGCGCCUCAAGGCUUCGAGUUCCACAGCCGCGGCUGCGGUCGCGAAGACCAAGUCGCGCGCCAAGUCGGCCGCUUCGGUCCAGGAUUCGGAGGGAAUCGAAGAACACGACGGCCAGUUUUAUCAGAUGGAAAAUGGAAGAGAAAUCGACCUGCCGCUCUUCAUUUCAGCAAGAUGCGACACACGCCAGUGUGAACUGGAGUGCCAGGACAUUGUAUUUGAAAGCACAAUGAUGUUCAAGUCCAAGGAAUUCGUCUUCACUCUUACAAAUCCAGCGAAGGUGACUCUCCCGUUCGAGUUCCGGUGGGAAGACACGGACGCGUUGCUGGACAAUCCCUCGUUUUACGUUCUGUCUCCUUCGAAGGGCGUGGUGCCUCCCUCCUCAAAGAUGGACAUCUCCCUCGAGUUCACUCCCACGGAACUUGCUGUCUUCAAACGCUUCCUAGUCUGCUCCUUCCCUUCGCUGCCCUAUGGAGAGGAAACAAGAAAAAUGACCGUCGACGCCACAGCCGUCAGACCCAUCUGCCACUUCGACUUGCCGCCGUCGGACUACCGAGACAGGCGCGAGCAGACGAACCUCCCCGCUCUCGACCCCAAGAUACAGGUCGUCGAAAUCGUGAGCGUCGGCAUUGGAGUAAAAAACACGAAGAGGUUCUUCGUCCUCAAUCCCUCGUCGUCGGAUCUGGACUUUGAGUGGGAGCCCCUUUCUUCGGACUCUGCUCCUCACUCUCUCAAGGCGGACGCAGGAGGACUGGCUUCCUCUCAGGCCUGCAGGGACAGAGUCGCCUCUGCCCGCUGCGCCUCACCGGGUGCUGGAACUCCUCGGAGGACUGGGUUCCUCCCUCCAGUCGAAGGAGUUCGCUGUGUGAAUCUUCGCGGGCGAAUUGCAGCUGGGAGAAAAACCGAAGUCGUUCUUGAGUUCCUCCCCAACAAACCAAAGACGCAAGAACGCCUCUGGAAGUUCUGCAUCCCGAGCAGAAAGCUCGAACAGCUUUUUCUCUUUGUGGGCCGCGUCAAAGAGCCGCAUGUCGCGCUGGAUUGCUCGUCCGUAUGCUUCAACCCUGUCCUUCUUGGAGGCAAAGUCGAAGAAGUCGUCAACAUCCACAAUAAGGAAGAUAUCCCUCUGUCGUUCGCUUUCUCUCGGAAACAAGCCGAGUCCGAAAAAAGUCCUUUGCCUCCGUGUCUCGUCGUCUCCCCGAGGCACGGAGUGCUUCCUCCGAACUCCGUGACGCCGGUGCGUCUGAGGUUCAAGCCGGAAGACGAGAAACCUUUCAAGUGCAGUCUUCUCUGUCGAGUUCGACAAAAGGUCCGACCCCUCUCGCUCGGUGUCAGAGGCGCUGGGUACUCUGUCAAGCACAGCAUGGUGCUUCUGAACGAAGAUGGGAGUAUACGGCAAUUUGCCUCAGGAUCGCAAAGUGCGUCUCUGCUGGACUUUGGACCUCUGUUGCUCGGACAGACGCGUCGUUACCUUCUUCAGUUGCAAAAUGCUGGAUCUUUCGACUUCCGCUUCCACUGGAGUAUUCAGAGUGUCAGCACCGUCUCCUGCUCUCCCAGUCUCUCUGUCUCCCCCACAGAAGGCGUGGUUGAGACGGGAAGGAACUGCGAGGUGACACUGACAUACGCGCCGGCAGAGAUCAGCAAGCACGAAGAGUAUCUGCUUCUUUGCUCCAUCAGUGGAAGCGAUCCGUAUCGCAUCCGAGCACAAGGUUCUUGCUCUUCUCCAAAGGUGUCUUUCUCCUUUUCUAGCCACGACUUCGGCGCCUUUGUGCUUCCACCUUCUCUGUUCCCGGACCUGGGCAGCGUCGUCGCGCUGUCGUCGCCCAGUUCUGGCGGCAGCGCUAUCAGCGACCGUGUGGAGUUGAAAAUCACGAACUUAGAUCCUCACCACGACUGCUUUAUUUCCACACCCUUCGAAAAAAGCAACGUCCUUGACGUCCAACUCGUCCCGUGCAGCAUCGGUCCCGGGGAGAAGAUUUCAGUCACCCUGGUUUUUGCGCCGAAGCAAGCGAAGAACUACAGAUUCAAAAUCCCCUUUUCCAUCAACGACCGAACCACAGCGCAUGUCACUGUCACAGGCAAAGGCAUUCCCGCUAGACUGGAGCUUUCGCCUUCAUCAGACGAGAUUCGCUUUGCGCCGUUAAUCAAAGGGGAGUCUGCUGUCAAGCACGUGCGUAUCGUCAACCGGACGGAGGCGAGUCUGGAGUUUUUCCUUCCAGCUUCUCCGAAUUUGAGCUCUCGCGGAAUCAGCUGGAAGCCGCUGUCCUCGGAAACGAAACCGUUCUCGCUUCACCCUCGCCAAGAACUGCCGUUGGAAGUGUCGUUCAAACCCGCCUUGUCGAUUCCGGAGUUUUCUCUUCCUCUUUUUGCCGAAUGUCUGGUGAAGCGAGGAGGUCUGACGUAUCGCUUUCCUUCUCUUCUCUGUCACAUCGCCGCCAAGUCGUUCGAAACCGAGGUGCGCUUGAGUCAGCCGUCGCUAGCAUUCGGACCAAUUGUGGUGAAUUCUUGGGCAACGCAAAUCGUGAAGCUGACCAAUAUCGGGGAACUCUUCAUGCAUUUCAAGUUCAAGACUUCCACGAAAUACUCGCAAAUGGUUUCCCUCUCUCCCUCCGAGGGUCUUCUGCAUCCCCACGCCGACGUCCCUAUCGAGGUCACCUUCCGACCCACAGAAGUGACGCAGAAACGAAUUGUCGUUGAUGAUAUCAUUUGCCUGAUCAAGGCCUCUGGCGCCUCCGCCAGCAACGUGGAGACGUCCUCUCUUUCGCUCACAGUGACUGGGCAAGGUGUCGCGCAGCCGAGCGAUUCUGUCCAGACGCUGCAGUUUUCGACGGCGGUGCGCACGCAGCAGACAAAGACUUUCCAGGUGAAAAAUUCAAAAAAGUACGACUGGAGUACCACGCCGCUUGUCGCCUGCGAGAGUCCGAAAGACGCCAUGUACUUCUUGUGCUCGCCUAGCGGAAGAGUCACGAUUCCUGCAAAUCAAAAGGUAACUUUCCAAGUGACCUACAGUCCGCUGACCAUGACCCGCGCCAGCUCGUCUGUGCGCGAGGGAACUCUCAGUGCGGAGGAGGUGGACGGCGUGAACAGAAAAGAGCAAAGAGAAAGAGGCGACGGCGCCUGUAAUGGGCAUCUGGCGGACAAGGACAACCACCCCCGGCUGCCGCUGUUUCAUGCGGCAUCGGUCUUCAUCCCCCUACCCGACGGGGAAGCAGCCACAUGCAGAUUCAUCGGCCAAGCCACCGAACCGACAGUGGAGCAAGUGGUUGACGCAUCAAUCGUCUGUCGCGAGAAGCAGAUUCAGGCGAUAAAAAUCCGGAAUUGGAUUCCUGUAAAACAGAAGUUCGACGUCGCCUACACAAUCACUCAGUGCACAGGCGAUACGCCUCCGCAGAUUCAGGCCCCUGACCGAUUCGAGUUGCCUGCGUCUCAAGCGCGCGAAUACCGGUUUCUCGCCUCAGCUUUCAAGCCGUGUGCCGCGGUUGUCCAGUUUCGUUUUACGAGUCGAGAAAAAGCAGAUUUCUACCUCGCUGAGGCGCGGCUGACUUUCACGGAUCCCGAGACGGUGGGGACGAUCGCUCUCGAGACGACUGUGCGGCAGCUCGCGAAAACCAAGGUGUUGGUCGAAAACCCAUCCACGAGAAAAGCCGUCUUCCAGUGUCAAAGCAACGUGGCCGACGUCUGCUUCUCGCCGUCGCCACUCGAGGUUCCGCCGGGGGCGACCGGUGCGUUGGAAGUCUCGCUGCGUGCGAACGUCUCCGGGGCGGGUGAGGGAACAAUCGUCCUCACCAGUGACGAACUGGGCACCUACAAGUACCUGCUAAAGUACUCUGUGUCUGCUGGUGAAAUCGAGAAACACGCCACGUUCAGCGCCCCGCUGGGGAAGGAAGUUUCCGAGACUCUCCGGUUUCUCCACUUCGCCAAGAAACCGACGACUUACCUCGCGACGAUCGACUUUGCCCCCGACGAGACGCGCGGAGGCGGCCGCAGCAAAGCGAGUGGGAGCGUGGAGAACUUUUUCCUAGAAAACAAAAGUGUCGCGGUUUCUGGAGAUGUGGAGAACAGAGGCACCGAGUUCGCCGUCGGCGUCCGGUUCGCGCCGUCCAAACUUGCAGAAACGAAGGCGACGCUCGUUCUGCGGAGCGCCGAAGGAUUCGAAUACAAGGCUCUUCUCAUUGGUCGAGCGCAACCGCCGCAACCGCAAGGCCCGUUUCGCCUGGGGAAGGGAAAAUGCAUCAACAUCGACUUCAGGAAUCCCUUUGAAACACAGACGGAAUUCAGUCUCCAAGUCGACCGGCCGUGUUUCUCUGUGGAGAAGAAAGUGGUGAAACUCGAGGCAAGGAAAUCGACUACGAUCAGCGUUCAGGUGAAGCCCGACGCGCGCGAUGCAGGACGCCUCAUCGUCACUGCCGACGGCAUCCCUCCGUGGAUCUUCUACCUCAAGGCUGACUAG